GGCCGGGCUGGCCAUGGCGCGGGCGGCGGGCGCGCGGGGCCGGGCCCGGCGGCGCGGGCGCUGCGGGCGCUGCGGGCGCUGCGGGCAGGGCGCGCUCCUCGCCUGCGCCGCGUGGGCCGCCGGCUGGGUGUUGGCGGGCGCGCUGCUGCUCCGUGCGCACCCGGGCGUCCUCUCCGAGCGCUGCACGGACGAGAAGAGCCGGCGCAUCCUGGCCGCGCUGUGCCAGGACUACCGGGGCGGCGCGCUCACGGGGGACCUCUGCGAGGACCUGUGCGUGGCGGGGAAGCUGCUGUACCGGCGCUGCCUGUACUACGAGCGGGGCAAGAAGGUGCUGCAGGCCGACUGGCGCGGCCGGCCCGUCGUGCUCAAGUCCAAGAGCGAGGCCUUCUCCAGCUUCCAGCCCCUCGGCUUGCUGGACGGGGAGGCGGAGGAGGGCGGCCAGGACGUCCCGGAGGCAGAACUCCUCCUGAUGGUGGCCGGGCAGGUCAAGAACGCCCUGGGCCUGGAGCUGUCCGACAGCAGCCUGGGGCCGCUGUGGCCGGGCCGGCGGGGCGCGCGCUGGCGGGGCCAGCUGGCCAGCGCGUGGGCCCUGCUGCAGCAGGAGGAGUACGUCUACUUCAGCCUGCUGCAGGACUCGAGUCGGCAUGUCCUGCCCGUGCUGGGCUCCUGUGGCCACUUCUACGCAGUGGAGUACCUGGCCGCCGGCAGCCCCCACCACGGGGCUCUCUUCCCCCUGGACGAGGCCACGGGUGUCCCCUGGGGUGGCCGGGGCCAGGCCAAGGCUGUCAGUGACAUCGCUCUCAGCUUCUUGGACAUGGUGAACCAUUUCCACCGUGACUUUUCCCACCGCCUCCACCUCUGCGACAUCAAGCCCGAAAACUUUGCCAUCAGGAGUGACCUCACAGUGGUGGCUAUUGAUGUGGACAUGGCCUUUUUUGAACCGAAAAUGCGGGAAAUCCUUGAGCAAAAUUGCACAGGAGAUGAGGACUGCAAUUUCUUUGACUGUUUUUCAAAGUGCGAUUUGCGAGUCAACAAGUGUGGAGCGCAACGCGUCAACAGCAACCUGCAGGUCAUCUGCGACAAAAUAUUUCGCCAUUGGUUUUCCUCAGCCCUCAAGAGCUCCGCUGUCUCCCUCCAGCUGCAGCUGCAGUUGCGCGAGGCGGUGCAGGAAUGCGCAGACUCCCCGAGAGCAGCCCCCGGUGUGUUCUGGAAGCUUCGCCGGCUCCUCCAAGCCACGCAGAGGGAGCUGCAAGGGGCAGAGAAGUAG